CCGCCAUUUCAAACACUCUUCUUCACUGAAUUUCAAUUUAUCCCUCGCGCCGGCGGCCGUUGAACCCACCGCCUCUGUCCACUGCCGUAUCCGGCGGAUUCCUCGGCUUGUUCUGCACUCUGCAUUCUCUUCUCUUGCAAUUGCGGCCUAAGUUAGGGUUCCGUGUCCUGCCCUGUGAUCUUUCAGAUGGGGAGCAAGGCGACGGAGGAGCAACUGUCCACCGUCCGGUCCGUCGUCGGCAUGGAUUACACGGACAUGGAUAUAAUUAGAGCAUUGCACUUGGCGAACAAUGACGUGACAGCUGCCGUCAACAUUAUCUUCGACACCCCAAAUUUCAGCUCGAAAGGCGUGCCCCAGAUGCCGAGAAACCCUAGGGUGUCCAGUCACAGCUCCCAGGCCGACAACAGACGGGCUUCCUUGAAGCCGGAUCCAGUAGAUAACGGGGUCGCUCGUGCAACGGAUGACUCACGUAUGAACUCGGUUGCUGGGGAAAGUGCCGUGGGAGAUGGUAGAGAAGGUUCGGGUUCGACGGAGAGUGACUGGUGGUUUGUCGGUGGUGGUGAAGUGGCUGGGCUGUCGACGUGUAAGGGGAGGAGAGUGAAGUCAGGUGAUGAAGUGACUUUCACAUUUCCAUCGAAGAAGAGUUUGAGUUCCCCUUCUCCUGGAAAAAUCGUCAAAGGGAGGAGCUUGGCGGCUUGUUCAGAGAUUGUGCGGUUUUCCACUAAGGAUCAUGGAGAGAUUGGUCGGAUACCGAAUGAGUGGGCUCGAUGUCUCUUGCCGCUGGUGAGGGACAAGAAGGUGAGAAUCGAGGGCUUUUGUAAAUCAGCUCCUGAUACGUUGAGUAUUAUGGACACCGUUCUUUUAUCUCUGAGUGUAUACAUCAAUAGUUCAAUGUUCUGUAAGCAACAUCACACCUCACUCAAGGCAACGCUCAAUUCUGCUGAUGAGUCAGUGGUACAUCCGCUUCCAAAUCUUUUCAGGUUGCUUGGUCUAACCCCCUUCAAAAGGGCAGAGUACACUCCCAGUGAUCUGCACACAAGGAAACGACCUUUGGAUAUGAAGGUCAGUUCUGGUCUCCCAGCUGCAUUGUCAGCUGUCAACAAAAAUAGUAAUCUAUCUAGGAAUGGAGAAGAAGCUGAAAAUGAGGUGGCUCUCUUAGAUUCUGAUGUCGACAAAAUUGUUGGUGUUCAAGAAAACUCUGAGUUGGAGGAGAUGGAGCCUCCCUGCACUCUUCAAUGUGAACUUCGUCCAUACCAAAAGCAGGCCCUCUAUUGGAUGGUCCAUUUGGAGAAGGGACGGUGCAUGGUUGAGUCUGCGACAACCCUUCAUCCAUGCUGGGAAGCUUAUCGUCUAGCAGACAAGAGGAACCUUGUUGUCUAUUUGAAUGCAUUCUCAGGGGAUGCUACAACAGAAUUUCCAAGCACACUUCAGAUGGCUCGAGGAGGGAUUCUGGCAGAUUCUAUGGGACUUGGAAAAACAAUUAUGACAUUAUCUCUUCUCCUCGCACAUUCUGGAAGAGGAAAAUUGCCUCGUAGUCAAAGCACAUCUCAGAUAUCCAAUGAAUCUGCUGAAGAUGCUCUGGAACUGUCCCUACAUCAAUCCAAGGAGGCGACAAAACUUCUGGGGUUCAACAAGUUGGUGAAGCAGAGGAAUGUACUUGCAAGUGGUGGCAGUUUGAUUGUAUGCCCGAUGACACUUCUAGGGCAAUGGAAGGCUGAAAUUGAAAGUCACGCACAACCUGGAUCGUUGUCUAUAUAUACACAUUACGGACAAAGUCGACCAAAGGAUGCAAAGAUUCUCUCGCAGAGUGAUGUUGUUAUUACUACAUAUGGUAUCUUAGCCUCAGAAUUUUCUUCAGAGAAUGCUGAGGAAAAUGGGGGGCUUUUCUCAGUUAGAUGGUUCAGAGUGGUACUUGAUGAGGCACAUACAAUAAAAUCCUCAAAAGGUCAAAUUUCUUUGGCUGCUGCAGCUCUCGAAGCUGACCGUCGGUGGUGUCUCACCGGCACACCUAUCCAGAACAGCCUCGAGGACAUUUACAGUCUUCUCCGGUUUCUACGAGUGGAACCUUGGGGAAACUGGGCAUGGUGGAAUAAACUAAUUCAAAAACCUUUUGAGGAGGGCGAUGAAAGAGGGUUGAAGUUGGUGCAGUCUAUCUUAAAACCGAUUAUGUUAAGGAGAACAAAGUUUACCACUGACCAAGAAGGGAGGCCCAUUCUGGUUCUUCCUCCUGCUGAUAUUCAAGUGAUUUACUGCGAUCUAACAGAAGCAGAGAGAGACUUCUAUGAAGCACUUUUCAAAAAAUCCAAGGUCAAGUUUGAUAAAUUCGUUGAGCAAGGGAGGGUUCUUCACAAUUAUGCUUCCAUAUUAGAGUUACUUUUGCGCCUUCGCCAGUGCUGUGAUCAUCCAUUUCUUGUCAUGAGUCGAGGGGACACACAAGAGUUUGCUGACUUGAACAAGCUGGCAAAACGCUUUCUGAAAGGCAGUGCGGAUGUACUGGAUAAGGAAGGCAAAGUAGUUUCAAGGGCUUACAUUCAAGAGGUUUUGGAAGAGCUGCGCAAAGGGGAACAGGGAGAGUGUCCAAUAUGUCUCGAAGCAUUCGAAGACGCAGUAUUGACCCCUUGUGCUCAUCGCUUAUGCCGAGAGUGUCUCUUGGCAAGUUGGCGAAAUUCGAAUUCUGGGUUAUGCCCUGUUUGCAGGAAAAUUAUUAGCAGACAAGAUUUGAUUACUGCCCCCACUGAAAGUCGUUUCCAGAUCGAUAUCGAGAAAAACUGGGUUGAAUCAUCCAAAGUAGCUGUUCUCUUGCAUGAACUUGAUAAUCUUCGGUCAUUGGGUUCAAAGAGCAUCGUCUUCAGCCAGUGGACUGCUUUUCUGGACCUUUUGCAAAUUCCACUUUCUCGAAAUAAGAUCCCGUUUCUUCGUUUGGACGGAUCUCUCAACCAGCAACAACGUGAAAAUUUGAUAAGACAGUUCUCAGAAGACAGUGAUAUUCCGGUGUUAUUGAUGUCACUGAAGGCUGGUGGGGUUGGUAUAAAUCUGACAGCAGCUUCUAAUGCUUUUGUCAUGUGUACUGUAGGAUCCAUGGUGGAACCCAGCAGUAGAGGAGCAAGCUGUCAUGCGGAUUCAUCGCAUAGGGCAAACCAAGAGAGUGAUGAUCAAACGGUUCAUUGUGAAGGUUCCUCCGUUUUGUCUCUUGGAACAGUGGAGGAGAGGAUGGAGGCGCUGCAAGCUCGGAAGCAGAGGCUGAUAUCUGGUGCCUUGACAGAUCAAGAAGUCAGGAGCGCCCGUAUCGAGGAGCUUAAGAUGCUCUUCACAUAGGAGAGGGACCUUGAGGAGAAGAGAGAUCCUUUUAGGUUCAUUAAGAGCAAAGGUUGCUCAAAACUCAGUAGCAUUCUACAGCUCAUUCUAACAGUCCAAGGAACAGUCCGAUGAAGUUGGUUCUUUCAAGUUGACAGACCCAAACAAGUCCAAUAUCGAAGUCGCUCAUCUUUGCAGUUCAAUGCGCAAUUGAAGCUGAUAUUUUGGUGGAGACCUUUGUACAGAAGCAUUGAAGGUGUCCUCCUCGUCCUUUAAGCUGCAAUGAUGGUGGAAAACCAGUUUCUGAUACAAUGAGAAGGGGAAAUGGUGUUAAUUUAUAUCAGCUUGUUGGGGUCUUAAUUUGAUGUGUCGUUGGGAAUUGCAACUACCUUCUGUAGGAGAUAUAAUGGUUCGAUUCCUCGGGUCAAAAUUAUAUUUAGAUGAGAUCUUGAUGCUCUAUAAUUUUUUUUUUUUUGGGCGUCCGGAACAAGCUUUCCGCAAUACAGUGAUGAUUCAUACCGGAGGCUUUGUGAGUAAUUUUUAGCUUUGGAAAACUCAGUUUGUUUUAGAACCAGAAGUACAAUUGUUUGGAUGGACAUCAUUGAGGUGCAGAGUUGCUUUAUCCUCCGAGCAGAGCA